AUGGUUUCCUUGUUUGCUAAGUCUUCCUUCUUCGUGUCAACGCUGUAUAUAUGUUUGUUCCAGUAUCUUUGUGUUUCAUCUUUCUUCAAAACUAGUGCACCCUUUGUUGUUAGUACUGAUGCUAACAUUAAUGAAGAAGCAGAGGCUCUGAUAAAAUGGAAACUCAGCCUUGACAACCAAAGCCAACAUUUCCUGUCUUCAUGGCAACUCGAGGGCAACAGAAGCAGCAGCGAUUGCAGUUGGCUUGGAGUUGGUUGCGACGAGUCAAAAAGAAUCACCCAUUUGAACCUUUCCAACUCUGGUUUAAGUGGUACACUUCAAAAUCUGAGCUUCUCAUCCUUUUCCAACCUCGUUAGUAUUGAUUUUGAAUAUAAUUACCUUUACGGAGAUAUUCCCCUCAGCAUUUACAGCCUUUCCAAACUCACUCAUCUUAACUUGGGAGACAAUCGUCUCACCGGGUUUCUUUCUCCGGCAGUUGCAAAUCUUUCCAGUCUCUCCUACCUUAAUUUAUCUCAGAAUUGGCUAUCCGGAACAAUUCCAAGAGAGAUCGGGUUGAUGACAGGUCUUAGUGAUGUUUUCAUUGACACUAAUCUUAUCAGUGGCACCAUCCCAAAAGAAAUAGGAAACAUGAAGUCUUUAAGAAUGCUUGCUUUAGAUGAUAACACCAACCUUACUGGUUCCAUUCCUUCUUCUAUUGGAAACCUGACCAAUCUAGUUGGUUUUUCCCUUUCUGGUACCAAAAUUUUUGGAAAUAUUCCUACAGAAAUUGGAAAAUUGAGUAAUUUGAGACAGCUUACGCUUGAUUGCAAUAAUCUCUCUGGUGCACUUCCUUCCUUGGGAAACUUGACAAGUCUGACUGUUGUAUCUUUGGCCUAUAACCAACUCAACGGCUCUCUUCCCUCAACAAUGAAUAACUUGACCAGGUUAACGAAUUUUCAAUUGGCCUAUAAUAACUUCAUUGGCCAAUUGCCUGACCAAAUAUGCGGUGGUGGAUUACUUAUGUAUUUUUCUGCCAUUGAAAACCAUUUUACAGGCCCAAUUCCAACAAGCUUGAAAAACUGCAGCAGCAUUAUUAGACUUAGGCUUGAAGGAAACCAACUGACAGGAAAUCUUACAGAAGCUUUUGGUGUACACCCAAACUUGUAUUAUAUAAAUCUAAGUGGCAAUAAACUGGAGGGUGAGGUUUCACCAAAGUGGGGGCAAUGUCCGAAUUUGACAAGCCUCAACAUCUCCAACAACAAUCUUUCAGGCUCCAUACCACCUGCGCUUGGUAAGGGACCUCAGCUACAUGUACUUGACCUGUCCUUAAAUUAUCUCACGGGAAAUAUUCCAGAGGAACUUGGAAGUUUGAAGUUAUUGCUCAAACUUAUGCUAAGUGAAAAUCAGCUAUCUGGAGAGAUUCCUCAUAUAAUCAGAAUGCUACCUGAUCUUGAGAGUUUAGACCUGGCAACAAACAAUCUAAGGGGCUCAAUUCCAAAAGAACUUGGAGGGUGCUCUAAGAUGAUACAGCUGAAUUUGGAAAACAAUAAAUUUGAGGGAAGUAUUCCUUGGGAGAUGACUAAUAUGAACUCUCUUGAAAACCUUGAUUUCAGUUCUAAUCUGCUGACUGGAGAGAUACCACCUCAGCUUGCAAAAAUGAAACGUUUAGAAACUCUAAAUCUCUCACACAAUAAUCUUUCUGGUUUCAUUCCGUCCGAGUUUGAUGAAAUGAAAAGCUUGACAAUGGUUGAUAUAUCCUUCAACCAAUUGGAAGGUCCUAUUCCAAAUUCCAAAGCUUUCUGGGCAAAAAAGUCAACAUAUUGA